UUUUUUGUUGUUGGUGUUGUUCAUCUCUUGCACAGCCAGCUAGACAGACAGACAACAACCUAAAGAGGAGCUAGCCGCAAGCAAUUUAUUUCACUCAACGAGCAUAACUAUCUUGGGAGAUUAUAUUUAUACUGGAUUUAAUAAGGUCUAAAAAUAACAAAGUGCAUUUUAACAUCAACCUCGCACGUUUUUGUAUCUUUCUUCGUAUGACUACCUAACAGUUAGCUUAGCUUGCUAGCAAGCUGCAAGUGUGGUAACGUUAGCUAGCGGGUUACACAGGUGCUAGCUAACCAGCUGCCAGAAUGAAUGUCGCAAAAAGUGGUUAUCGGGUCUUCUCUGCCAAUUCUACUGCAGCAUGUACAGAACUAGCCAAGAAGAUAACCGAAAGACUAGGAGUUGAAUUGGGCAAGUCGGUGGUCUAUCAAGAGUCUAAUAGAGAGACCAGAGUAGACGUGAAGGAAUCUGUUCGCGGCCAAACUAUCUUCAUCAUCCAGACCAUACCCAGAGAUGUCAACACGGCCAUCAUGGAGCUGCUGGUCAUGGCCUACGCCCUUAAGACCUCCUGUGCAAAGAACAUAAUUGGGGUCAUUCCCUAUUUCCCCUACAGCAAGCAGUGUAAGAUGAGAAAAAGGGGUUCCAUAGUGUGCAAGCUGCUGGCUUCCAUGCUAGCCAAAGCAGGUUUAACUCACAUCAUCACCAUGGACUUACAUCAGAAGGAGAUUCAGGGCUUCUUCAGUUUUCCAGUGGACAACCUGCGUGCCUCCCCCUUCCUGCUUCAGUACAUUCAGGAGGAGGUCCCAGAUUACAGAAACGCCAUUAUUGUUGCAAAGUCACCGUCUGCUGCUAAGAGAGCUCAGUCCUAUGCAGAGCGACUGCGUUUGGGCCUGGCAGUGAUGCAUGGCGAGGCUCAGUGUUCAGAGUCUGACAUGGCGGAUGGACGACACUCUCCCCCCUGUGUCCGUAACACCUCAGGACACCCUGGGCUGGAGUUGCCUUCUGGCAGCAAACAACAAGCUCCGUUCCCAGGCAUAGAGCUCCCAAUAAUGAUGGCCAAGGAGAAGCCCCCAAUCACUGUUGUAGGAGAUGUCGGUGGAAGAAUCGCCAUCAUUGUUGAUGACAUCAUUGACGACGUGGAGGACUUUGUGGCGGCAGCUGAGAUUCUGAAGGAGAGAGGAGCUUAUAAGAUCUACAUCAUGGCUACACAUGGGCUGCUGUCUGCCGAUGCCCCCCGUCUUAUUGAGGAGUCCGCCAUCGACGAGGUGGUGGUGACUAACACCGUCCCUCACGAGGUACAGAAGCUCCAGUGUCCCAAGAUCAAGACAGUGGACGUCAGUAUGAUCCUGGCCGAGGCCAUCCGACGCAUCCACAAUGGGGAGUCCAUGGCCUACCUAUUCCGCAACAUCACGGUGGACGACUAGGCCAGAGACAUAGGGUUGAGUCUGUGCUGGAGGUGAGGUGUUCGGAGGAAGGCUGGUGGUAUACAUGCUAUGGUCCCCUCCUCUCUCCACAGUGCUAGAAGUGCAUACUGUCCCUGUUGUCUGCACCUUCACACACAGCCUUGUUCAGAUGACUAGGACGAGGGGGAGUACCGUCAUCAUAUCCCCUCUUACAAACCAAUAAAAUGUAUUUUCAUCAGCUUUUAGUGCCCGAAACAUAACAUGGAGUUGCUCAAUAAAAGUGAUAAAAGAAACAAAAAGUUAAGCAAUACUAAAAGUCUGAUUUAACGUGCGUAUUUGUUGUCAGGUCUUUUGUGUUUUUUUUUGCCUUACUAUGCUAAGGUCUGGCAAACCAGCAAUGCAUGAAUUACUGUACCUCACCUCCAUGGUAGUUUCAUGUAUUUUUUAAUUCCUCCAUGCUUCAAGAUAUGAAGGGAUUUGUUAUUUUGUUGGUUCACUGUUCACUGUUUUUCCCACCUGAGUAGAAGGUGUAGAGUGAGUGUUAUGAUGAAAACUAGCUUUCCUUGUCUAACCCAGGGGUGGGAAAAAAUAUAUAUGUAUUUUGGGGGGGGGGUGGAAAUUAAUUUGGGUCAAAAAACUCCAGGCCACUCUUGAGCGUCUGAAGCUAGAUAGAAAAUAUGUAGAUAUUAUAAUGGACCGAUAUUUUUUUCAAACAACUGCCCUUUUUUUGGCCCACAAAUUGCUUUUGGGAAAAAUCUGUGCCGCCUUCUGAUAAAUGUUGAAAUCCCGAUGUGGCCCUCGAGCCAAAAUGAUUGCUCACCCCUGGUCUAGCCACUGUCAACAUAUCUAAUGAUGGCUUUUCUUCAGUUCUCCGUUAUGAAGGAGGUUGACCCUAUUUCACUCUUUUUAAGUAUCUCCCCAAUAACAUCACUUAUUGCUUGAAUCAUUUCCCCCCACACCACUGGCCCUCCAGGCCUACCGAGCACUGUGACUGCUUUGCAUUUAGAUGCAUGUGUGUUAAUGCAAAACCUACUGAGAACAAAGCUAAAGGAACCCUAGAACAGCAGCUCCUAACCAGUUCUGUGUGACACCUAAGCCUCGUGAAUUCAGGCUGACUCACCAAAUACAUCUAAUAAGACCACAUGUAUUGUCUACCACCACACAUUAGGCCACAGAUUAGGACAUUUUGACCCACCAUGUUUGAAUCCCAAACACUGUCCUAGUCAUUGUUACUGUAUUGGUCUAGUCAGUCAACUGUUCUCUGUGUAACUAACAAAUGUCAUGAUUGCCACAGAUCGUUGGGCAAACUAUAACAUCAGCUGGAUAUCUGAAUGGAUAUAACCUUUUAUAUUAAAGGGGGAUAUGACAUCCUGACUUUGAAGUAGACUUUCCUAUAUAGUCUUGUUGCUUCUCAUCGGCAUUCAGAAUGACUGACAACAUAUGCAUUAUGUGUCCAUGCUGAGGUCAUGGUUUUGAAUAUAGAAAUUGUAAUCGUGACCCUUUACCGUAUGAUGUAUGGAAUUGUGGUGUCAACUUGCUGAUCAGGAGUACUGAGAUCUGUCAUGAUGGAUGCCAUUUACUGUCCCCUAUGAAAAGAUGUGGAAUAAUAGUCAAACUGAUGUUCAAGGGAAGUCAUGUCUGAACCCUCUGUUGGAGCUUUAAGCUCAGGGAGAUAUGUUUCUGAGGCAAAUGCAUAAUGUAUGUGAAGAAAAACCGCUCUUAAUGCUUGUGCCUAUGUCUCUGGUACAGCAAAGUCUGCAAAUGUAAAUGUGUUGCAUUCCGUUCGGCAGAACUUUCUCUUUACCAUUCUUUGUUACUUUUGUUGUUGACAUUCGUUCCUUUGUUAUCCUGUAGGAUGUGCUAAUUGUAACCGCUAACUAUACCUGUGUGUGGUACAGACAUGAGUAAAAAGGUCCUUGGAGAGAAAUAGCUGUUGCUAUGCCAACUCAUAUCCAUGUCUUCCGAUAGUACAUUGAUUUGUUACUUCACUCUCAUUGUCUGAUCUUGAUGUAGCCUAUUUGUGAGUUUAUGAUUUAAUCGAAUAAUUGGUGUCUGCAUCCAAUUUUUUGUAAGUUAAAAUAAACCUUUGGCUUCGUU